AUGACAAUGUUCAAAAUUCGAAGUAGGAGUAGGAGAUUCAUCAGGAGACCCAAACUGGAGGAGAAAGUAGUGUCCCUAUCACGGACCGAUGAGAUCGUGAACAUGGAAGACGAUGUGCUUUGCUUCACACCAAAGAGGUCGUCGAACAACUUCAAUGUUGUCGAUGAGAACAGAAACCUUAAAUCAAUUAAGGAGUCUAUCAAGGCCUCUAUUCUCAAAUCCCCAGGUAAUUUCAUCGACCUUUCUGAUGAAACUAUGAACUAUGAUGAUGAAGAGCUUGAAGUUCUAAGGGUUCGACCCCGAAAUAUUACAUUCGGAAAGCGAAGAAAUAAACCCAAACCCUUUAGUGGUCAUUCUGUAACCGAAUAUGGGGAAUCUUCGAAUUCCAAUUCCAAAAAGGACUCAUCAUUUUUAUGUGAAAUCUGCGCCGAGCCUAAGCCUAGGAAUGAGUCAUUUGGUAUAAAAGGUUGUAGUCAUUCAUAUUGUACAGAGUGCAUGAUCAAAUACGUGGCAUCCAAGCUUCAAGAAAACAUUACAAACAUUAAGUGCCCUGUUUCUGAUUGCAAAGGGUUGCUGGAGCCGGAGUAUUGCCGUCCGAUUCUGCCACCUGAGGUGUUUGAGAGGUGGGGAAGUGCAUUGUGUGAGGCGGUGAUUCUCGGGUCUGAGAAGUUUUACUGCCCCUUUAAGGAUUGCUCCGGGAUGUUGAUUGAUGAUGGGAAAGAGGUCAUAACGCAAUCGGCGUGCCCUAAUUGUUGGAGAAUGUUUUGUGCGCAAUGCAAGGUUCCUUGGCAUGCUGGGAUUGACUGCUUCGAGUUUCAGAAGUUGAACAAGGAUGAGAGGGGAAAAGAGGAUAUUAUGUUGAGAAAACUUGCGCAAAAGAAAAGGUGGAAGAGAUGUCCCAAGUGUAGGUUUUAUGUGGAAAAAUCAGAAGGUUGCCCGUUCAUGAGGUGUAGGUGCCAAACUACUUUCUGCUAUAGAUGCGAACACGUUUUGAAGAGCGACCAUAAUCACUAUUGUCCCAAUUGUAAAGGCCGCUGACAUAUUGUGCAAUAUAGCUGGUUAAAUAUGAGGAAUUACAGUGCCAAAAGAAAUUUUAUCCGAAUUCCUCCCAUUUGCUGAUAGAUAUAAUUAGAGUGGUGAACUUGAAGGUUGUUAAACUUAUCUUUACAUUCUAAAUGGUUUUCUUAUCCAAAACCAAAGUACUAGCUAGAAUGUUCGAUCCUCAUAGUUUAAUCAGCUACAAAAGUCACAAUCACAAUGCGAUCUCACGCACUGGUGAGGGAAGACCUGCAAUAUUUAUUCGAUCAGGGCUUGUCUUCCACCAUGUACUGCAGGAGAGUUGCACAUGGAACCGACGAGCUUGAAGAUUGGUUAUUCAUGGACGAUGCUAUAUUGAGGUCGGAAUAUUGGAAAGCUAAAACCAUCACCAACCAAUUCAACCAAGUCUCAAUGCCUUUCAGCUUUUCUGUUUUUAGAAGAGAUAUCGAUGCAUGAUAUAUGUUACAUCCGAUCAUGAGUUAAAACUAUAGAUUUCGAC